AUGGCGCUUGAAGCCGUGGUGUUCCCACGGCAGCACCUCGCGUGCGGCACGGACAAGGUGGCUGCGGCGAUGUCCAUGCACGCGCCGUCGCUUGGCCGCGGCGUCGACAUUGACGAGUUCGAGGAGAAGGGCGGCGUGGUGCUGCAAGAAGAGGCGGUCAGCGCGACGGUGUACAGCGCCGGUGCCACCGCAUGGGAGCAGUGGGACGAGAAGCUCUUCUGCCCACCGGUGUUGCCGCCGCCUGCAUCGUCGGGCCGCGCCAAGGCCGUCUCCUCCUCGUCGGCGGCGGCCGUGCGGAAAAGGCGGCGGCGCCCGAAGGCGGUGAAGAACAGGGAGGAGACGGAGAGCCAGCGGCGCAACCACAUCGCGGUGGAGCGCAACCGGCGGCGCCAGAUGAACGACUACCUCGCCGUGCUCCGCUCCGCCAUGCCGCCCUCCUACGCGCAGCGGGGUGACCAGGCGUCGAUCGUGGCCGGGGCCAUCAACUUCGUCAAGGAGCUGGAGCAGCUGCUGCAGUCGCUGGAGGCCGAGAAGCGGCGGCGCUCACCGCUCCCAUCCGUGCCGCCGUUCACCGGAUUAUUCACAUCCCCUCAGUACUCCGCCGGCAUUGGCGCCGACUCUGGUGACUCCGAGAACGGCCGCGGGGUUCGGCGAGGCUUGGCGGACGUGGAGGUGGCCGUGGCCGAGAGCCACGCGAACGUGAAGGUGCUGGCGCCGCGGCGGCCGAGGCAGCUGCUGAGGAUGGCGGUGGCGAUGCAGUGCCUCGGCCUCACCGUGCUCCACCUCAGCGCCACCGCCACCGCCGACCACCUGGUCUUUUACUCCUUCAGCCUCAAGAUGGAGGACGAGUGCCGGCUCACGUCGGUGGACGACAUCGCCGCCGCAGUGCACCAGAUGGUCCUCGACACCGUCGAGGACCAGCUAGCUAGCUAGUUAGCCGGACGUAGAAAUGUCUAUGCAGUAACAUUAGGCGCGUACGUUACGUGCGACAUGUAUAAUUCACCAUUGUCAGAGAACGUAGUGCGUAGCAGU